AGAUCCAAACCUAUUUAUAUUCAUUCCUUCAUCUCUGAACCCCCUCUCUCACGCUCAGCAGAUCCUUCCUUCCGUCUUCUUCUCUUGCCGCCUCUCUCUCUCUCUCUCUCUCUCUCUAGCGAACCCUAGAAUCCUAGCUUGAAACAUCAAGAAACCCUAACCAAGAUUGCGAUUCUUUUUACAAUUUUCGAUAUCAAUCCAUCUAUGCAAUUGGAAUAUAGGGAUUCUGGUUUCAUGUAAUGGCGACUAACGUAUCAGCGGUUUAUCUCCAUGUCGUUGAUGAUGUUGUUAGUAAGCUGCGCGAAGAGUUCAUCAAUGUAGGUGUUGGAGAUUCUGUUCUCAACGAGCUUCAAGGGCUGUGGGAGUUAAAAAUGAUGCAAUGUGGAGUCAUACAAGGUCCUGUAGAAAUAAAUUCAGCUUCCAGGGAAUCUGGUGUUCCAACCCCAGUGCACGAUUUGAAUGUACCUUAUGAAGGGUCAGAAGAGUAUGAAACUCCAACUGCUGAGAUGCUCUUUCCACCGACUCCUUUACAGACACCCAUGCAGACGCCUUUGCCUGUAGAACCUGGUGGAGAUCAAUACAUGCCUGGUGGUUAUGCUGAAUAUGGGAUGGUUUCUGAAAGGCCUGCUGCAGAUAUGAAGAAUGGAAGGCCUGCUUCUUACAUGCCGCCACCAUCUCCAUGGAUGAAUCAAAGGCCUCUCGGGGUUGACGUUAAUGUUGUCUAUGAGGAAGCAAGGGAGGAGGAUGGAGGAGGAGGAAUGUCUCAACCACAGCCUGCCAUGAAGGUUGCUCCUGUAUUGGAUUUUUUCAUGAUGACUUCCAAACGAAAACGAGAGGACCCUCUGAAUUUCCUUCCAAAUGGAUAUAUUCCUCAGCAAGAUGGAUCAGGAGAUGUCUCUUUGGAUUGUUCUUCUCAAGAAAUGGUUACUGUGCCAAAGAACUCAGCAAAUGAAGCUCAUCCCGAGACCCUUCAUGAUAGAUUAAACAUUCAAGAAAGAAGGAAUGCUGAUGCUAUAAUUGCUUUAAUAAUUAAAACGAAGCAGGCUUCUGCAUCCAUUCCGCAGUAUGAUGGUUAUGAUGAUGUCUAUAACAAUGGAGUCCGCACUGAAGACUACAAUACACCAUCAUACCAUGUGGGAACACCAAAGCCAACAAAAGCUGAAGCAUUAGAAGAUGAAGAACCACCUCUAAAUGAAGAUGAUGAUGAAGACGAUGAUGAGUUGGAUGAUCUGGGUCGAAGAGAUGAAGAGACCAGUAUAAACCACCUGGUGUUGGCUCAAUUUGAAAAGGUAAGUAGAACGAAGAACAAAUGGAAAUGUGUUCUCAAGGAUGGCAUUAUGCGACUGAACAACAAGGACAUUUUGUUCACGAAGGCCAAUGGAGAAUUUGAUUUCUAAGGCUGCUAAUGACAGUUAUGCUGCAGCAUUAUGAUGGCUGAGAUUUUAUUUUAGUUUUUUUUCCUUUUAUUUUUUAUUCUGUUUACCUGGUAUCUCUUGUGAACUCUAGAGUCUCUUGUAUACAAAAAUCUAGGAAAGAGAGAAGCAAAAAAAAUAUGAAUUUUUUCUUCAGACAUAAUAUGCAUUGCAUUGAUUUUUUUUUU